AUGCGAAGGCACCCCUACAGCGGGCACGAAAAGCGCUCCGACACAUGCAUGCGGCACCCCCCCGGUUUUGCUGGGGCGGUUUGGAAAACCCCCACUGUCUUCCUUAGAAAGGCACCCUUCUCCGGAAUGAACAGCUUGGAUUUCACGCCCCAAAGUGUUGAGGCGAUGGGCUUUUCCGCGUGGCCGUGCCGGGGCGGCGCGCGCGUUGCAAAUGCUAUGGCUCUUGGAAUGGGCCGCGCCCCUCCGACAGCGCGGCGGCACGGCAGCUCGCAGCCUUUGCGGCCACCCGCUCUUCAGCAGUGGCGCCCGCCGUUUUGGAACGUCGACGGUCUUGUCCUAUUGCUGUGGGCAUCCAACCAUGCUGCUAAAGAUCCGAGUUGGACCGAUGCGUUUUUCAAAACGUCUCGGAAGUUGGGGGGCCAAAUCGUGUUCUUCCGCUGCCGCUGUUGCGUGCCCUGGGGUCCUUCUUAUGGCCAAACGCGCAGUCAUUCCACAGGGUCCCAGAAUGUUUUUCGCAUCUUUUGCAGUGGUUUCAAUUAA